CUUCUGGUUUACAGAUGCCUAGCGCGUGUAACCUGCUGCCCUUGUCACGCUCGCCGAUCGUCCCACCUAGCCUUCACCGGUCAUGAUAAGCUAUACAGCCUGGAUAACCGUCGAUUCAUCCCAUAGCCACGGCUCCUCAUCCUCACAGUCAAGCCGUGCUCAUCAGCUGCUACAUCGACCAUGCUUGCAUCACACAUCUCAUGAACAUGCCUCAGACACUUUCUGUUAUUGAUACCGGCGCUGUAUUGACUGUCCUAGGAAGCACGGACGUGGUUGAUUGGGACACGACCAUCAUCGCCAUUCCUGACAUCGGAAAUCCCAUAUCCGUUUCGGAUUGGACAGAUGGGCAGUCUUGUUGGCUGGAAACUGUACUACCUUCUCUUGCCAAAAGACCACGUGUGUACGUGUUCCAAUGGAGCGUCAGAGGAGGCAAAGAGUUUUCGUGGGACCAACUUCUCCAAUGUGGCGAUAAAUUACUCGAAAGACUGCUUGAACUCCCCGAAAUCCCUGAGUUCGUAAAGAAGCCUAUGGUCUUCAUUUGUCAUGGGUUGGGUGGAAUCGUUGCCAAACGAGCCGUACAAUCACUGCAUCGGAACUUUUAUGAUCCGGCUAUCAAUUCCUUGGUCACCUGUGUGGCUGGUAUGGUCCUUUUGGGCACCCCGCAUCCUACCUUUGAAAGACAACAAGACUGGCCCAAACUAACACAGAUCAUCAAAGCAAGUACGCAACUUUCCAGAAAGGCUUUGAACGAUGUAGCAAGAUACGUCCCAGCGGUUGCUAGAGCUUCACGCAUGUUCGAAGAAUCUAAUAUCGACAUACCGAUUCUUUCAGUGUACGAGACGAAAUCGAGCAAGGUCGGCUCGUCCCUGUUCUCCAAGCAUGAAGUUCUUGUAGAGAGAUUGUUGGCUCAGACCGGAGCUAAGGAAGAGCAACUUCUCCAAGCGGAUAAGAUGCAUUCUAAGAUAUGCAUGCUAUGUGCGGGUGACAACUUGUCAUUGCAACUUCGAGCUUUCUUCACCAAGGUAGAGAGUUCCAUAUCUCGGCAACGUUUGGAGGCGUCAACGCAGCGUGAGCAGAUUUCUCUAUUUGGCCAAUUCUUCCUGACAAACGCAGAUACGGCUAGUGUGGCUUGGACCAAAACAGUGGAAGAAGUACCACAACACGGACGUCCACUACCUCAUACAGAUUCCUCGUUUCCCUCCAUGCCAGCGGCUACAGGAGGUGCGAGCGUCGAUGUAACUAGCUAUGAGAUUCUUGGUUUGCGGGAGCCCAUGAAGGGUGUUUACCAGACCGUCCAGCUACCUCAAUACUUUUUCAAGCCGCAUACACGUAAUCCUGACUUCUUCGGCCGUCAAGACGUCCUCCAUACCCUAGCUGAAGGACUCAAUCCUUCGGUUGAUUCACGUUCCAGAUCAUUUGCUCUAUGCGGAGCUGGUGGUUUAGGGAAAACCUCGGUUGCGGUAGAAUAUGCCUACAGGAACAAAAGCAUGUACGAAGCCAUAUUCAUCUUACAGGCUAGCGACUCAGAGAAGCUGGCGCAAUCAUUUGCAGAGAUUUCACUCGCUCUUGGUCUCGAGAGUGAAGCUGGAGACCAGAUUGUCAGUAAGAACCUUGUCUUCAGAUGGCUCUCACAGCCAGUCAGGCGCAUGUCAGAGGGUACUGCAAUCCUGGAAGAUCAAAAUCAGGAUAUUGUCCCGUGGUUGUUGGUGUUUGAUAACGCCGAUGAUCUGAGUAUCCUCCGCGAUUAUUGGCCUGAGUCCGAGUAUGGAUCGAUAUUAGUGACCAGUCGAGACCCUCUAGCGAAAACCAGGACGUACGUGGCCAUUUCGUCCGGACUGGAGCUCGAGCCUUUCGUGGAAGUCGAAGCUGGGUUGCUAUUACGGAAGUUGACAGGGCUCGCAGCGACUGCCGAUAUCCAGUCGUCUGAACUGGUCGCUCGGAAGCUCAGCGGUUUACCACUUGCUAUAAUGCAGAUCGCAGGAACUAUGGUUCGUCGGGAUCUAUCCUUUGAAGAAUUUUCAUCACUUUACGAUCAAGAAGCUCUUCGAGCCGACCUGCACCGCGCAAACGAGUUUGCAAGCACAGCAAGGACUCUUUACACCACCUGGAACUUCCAUGAUCUUAGCCAAAGUGCUUUGUCUCUGAUCAAUGUGAUUACCUUCUUCGAUCCAGACCAGAUUUCGGAAGACAUCUUGAUGAUGAUGUCAAGCGUGGAAGUUCGCCAUCGACCAGAGGAAUAUCCUGUAACAGCGACCGGAUUCAUGGACGCGCGUUCAGAGCUAGCAAAAUCAUCUCUGGUCAAGCGUAAUCGGGAAAGGAAAGAACUCGUGAUACAUCGCAUUAUACAAGACGCAGCAAGGUUGCGAAUGCAGCCUAAUGUCGUAGAUUCAUGCUUUAUCAGCGUAACACAUCUCCUCUAUACCGCUUGGCCUUUCAGCGAAUUUGAAUUCAGUACCGCUCGGUGGCGCCUCUGUGAACCUCUAAUCUCACAUGUGGCCAAUCUGUAUCGGAUUUACCAACAGACCGAUGCGCUGAAAGCUGUGAAGGAAGGCCGCCCUGAACUCGCUCGUUUGUUCAUGGAUUUUGGAUGGUAUUUCAUUGAAAGAGGAAUUCUUGACGAGGCUAGACCUUACCUCCAAAGCUCUCUUGAACUGUGCGACCUGGUUCCUGAAUCUACUUAUAUCACGCGAGGAGAUGCCGAGGGUUGUCUAGCUCAGCUUUUGAAUCUCACCAACGAUUACAAAGCCGCCAUGGUACAUGCCAAAAUCGCAGCCGGUAUAUUUCAAGUACACGAUCCACUGGGCUGGAGGAUGGCCCAAGCCCAAAAUGAGGUCUGUGAGGCGUACAUUGCAGCUUCCAAGUAUGAGGAGGCAUUGCAGCAAGCCGAGCUUUCCAUAAAAAGCUAUUUCGCACUUCCGGAGGACGACUAUCCCGACUGGGCAGUCAUGAACAAGGCCUACGCACUGUACAAGUUAGGUCGGCUUGACGAGGCUAAUGACACGCUUGAAGACUACCUAGAUCUACGAGCAAAGAAGUUUGGACCGAUGGAUUCUGAAUCUCUCAAAACUGGCCAAUGCCUCUACUUACUGGGUCUAGUUCGAUUGGCUCAAGGUCGGCCAAGAGACGGCCUCACGUUUUAUACGAAGGCGCUAGAUCAGUACCUCUCAACGAUUGGACCGAAUCAUUUUCGGGUAGCGAUGCUCUACCAUAGGACAGGCGAGCUCCACCUAGCAAUAGGCCAACUGAUCAAUGCUUGCGAUAUGUUUGAAAGAGCAAUCAGGACGUUUGAUGAACGACGACAAUAUGCCACUCAGGUCGCGCGCACAUUGUACUCGCUUGCGCUGACCCAGGAGAUGGCAGGUCGACAUGAAGACUCAGCUCGUACGUCGGAAAAGUACAGCAUUGCUAUGCGUAAGUUAUCUAAGGAACAUGGUCGUGAGCUGAAGUACAAAGAUUUGGAUGAUCUGAUACGGAACAACUGGGAUUGAUCGAACUUAUCUGCUUAGAGGAUCAGAUCGAUGCAAUAUUGAGAGCGCUUUUCGUACUCUUCACAUGACGCAACGGCGACUACUUCGCAUCGUCCAUAAUAGUGGCUUGGUACUAGCGACACAUUAUAAUACUUUUACUAAGUAUCAGAGCAAGAUUAUCCUUUCAGGUUUGCUUUGUAUCAGUGCGCCUCACUAAACGGCGGUAACUUUCAAGACUUAGACAC